AUGCGUUCGGUUGAAGUGAUAUUUUUGGCGUUUGCGUUAAUUGGGCGUUCAACGUCCCAAGAAGAAACUCAUCUGCCGGAUUAUUUGGUGUUUAUGAAACAGUUUAUGGUGAACAUACAGGUUCGAGAGCCCACUGGAAUCAUUAUAUGGACUAGAAAUAGUCCGUUGAUCGAAAUGUUUGGAUUAGAGUUGUACAUUGCGCGAAAUGCUCAUAAACAUCAAGAUCUAAUUUGGGAUCGUCAGCUUCUCGUUAAUUCAUCGGUUGUGGUGGAUGGAAAAUUUCUUAUUGAGGAUGAACAUAUGGUCGUCAGACAAGGAGACACCAUACGCUAUCGAUUUUCGGUUUUGCACAAACAUAUCUUAUCGCACAGUAAUUUUCGAAGAAUUCUCGUCACCGAACAUUUAUUCUAUCGACCAAAGAACGAUAAGUGUUACUCCCAGUGCCUUUUGAGUGAUCAAAACCAGCUCCACGAAGAGGUUUCUCGGUUAAAGGACAUCCUGGAACGAAAAAUAUUGGAAUGCAUUGGAUCACAAGCCUCUGAGCUUUUAUUCUUUCCGCUGAAAGACGCUGACAAGCUGGUUGCUGAUCCACAUCUCUUCGUAAAAUAUCGUCUCUGGCAAAUAGAUGGACUCAGACCGUUAACUAACAAUGUGGUCACAACUUAUCUAGCGCGUAAUGGAGUCGGUUUUCGAAUGUACACAAUGAUUGACAAGUUUAAAGUGUUGGAAUUAGGAAAAGGUCUGUUAGAUGUAAUAGAUUUCGAUUUUAUGCUUGAGGAUUCCUAUGAGAAGAAUUUUGAAACAGCAUAAAUUUGUCAGGUUUUUAUUUUACACGAAUUGUACAAUACUAAUAAAAACAAUAUUGAAAA